GUUAAAACGGAGGACACAAAAUAUGACGAGGAUUCCUCUCCAAGUGGUUGAUAUUAAGAUUAUUGAGAAGCGUUACUUGAGAAAUAGUCUAUAGACUAACAUUUUGUUUCUGAUAUGACGGAGCCGGUAGAAAAGAGCAAAACGCUUCAUGAAGCCAUCGCUUCUAAAAACUGGUCAACAGUACGUCAGCUUGUCGAAUCGCUAAAUAUAAAAUAUGAGUUUGGUGGUAUCAGUCUGAACCAAGGCAUUCCAAGAGAUUUGGUAACAGAUAUUGUAAGAAAAAUCUCAACGUCGGCCAUUGAUGCUCAAGAUGACUAUGGGUCAACGGCAUUGUACAGAAGUGCUUUCCAUGGUCAUAUUGAUGUUUGCAAAAUUCUAAUUGAAUCAGGAGCAAACAAGGAUAUUCAAAAUGUA